AUGGGACUCAGAAAAAAUGUCACAGAAUUUGUCCUCCUUGGCCUCACUCAGGAUCCCAAUGUACAAGCAGCAUUAUUUGUCAUGUUUUCACUCAGCUACACCUUGACAAUGCUCAGCAACUUGCUCAUCACUGUCACUGUCUUCACCAGCCCCUCCUUGGGCUCCCCAAUGUACUUUUUCCUUGCCUAUCUCUCACUCAUGGAUGCUGCUUAUUCCACUGUCAUCUCACCCAAGUUGCUUACAGACCUUCUCAGUGACAGAAAGACAAUAUCCUUCCCAGCCUGCAUGGGUCAACUCUUUAUAGGGCAUCUAUUUGGUGGUGUUGAGGUCUUCCUUCUGGUGGUGAUGGCCCUUGACCGUUACGUGGCCAUCUGUAAGCCUUUGCACUAUUUGACCAUCAUGAAUCGGCAGUAUUGUAUCCUUCUGUUGGUGGUGGCAUGGGCUGGAGGGCUUUUACACUCUGUUGUGCAUUUGGUCUUUGUAUAUAAUCUCCCCUUCUGUGGCCCCAAUGUCAUUGAUCAUUUCAUCUGUGACAUGUACCCAUUACUGGAGCUUGUGUGCACUGAUACCUACUUUAUUGGCCUCAUGGUGGCUGCCAAUGAUGGAGCCAUCUGCAUGGUGAUCUUCAUACUCCUGCUCAUCUCAUAUGGCUUCAUCCUACACUCUCUAAAAACUCACAGUCAACAAGGGCGGAAAAAAGCCCUUUCUACCUGCAGCUCCCACAUCACCGUGGUUGUGCUAUUUUAUGUUCCAUGUAUUUUCAUGUAUGUUAGACCUGUUUCCAACUUUCCUGUUGAUAAAUUCAUAGCUAUUUUUUGUACAGUGGUUACUCCUAUGUUGAAUCCUUUAAUAUAUACAUUGAGAAACUUAGAGAUCAAAAAUUGCAUGCAAAAACUCCUGCAUAAGAUUUUAACCACAGGUACCAUACAGAGGUCUUUAUGUUCAAAAUAUUGUUAA